AUGUCAAUAUUCCCCAAACUACCCUCCACACCCCUCACCAUUCUCCUCCUCUUCCUCCUCCUUUCACUCCCCGCCGACGGCGGCAGCGGGAGAGAUCGCCACGACCACGACCACCGCCGCGACCCACCGUCGAGCCACGUCAACUUCUUUCGGGGCCCGCGGCGGAGGCAGGACGCCGCGUGGUGCGGGGAAGAUCCGGCGCGGGCGUGUUCGGACAGGGAGAGGAGGACUACCUGUUGCUUCGGGAGGGUGUGUAGGGACACGCUGAGGGACGCCGGCAACUGCGGCGGGUGCGGGAGGAGGUGCCGGUUCGGGCUCGAUUGCUGCGCCGGGGAGUGCGUGGACACGAGGAAUGACGCGAGGCACUGUGGGGCGUGUUUUGAGGAGUGCCGCCCUUCCGGAGGGCGGCGGGACUGCUCGUUUGGUAUGUGUGAUUACGCUGCGGGGUGA